AUGUCUAACAAAACUCUCAUCACUUUGGACAAUGGUGUUCAAAUGCCCCAAGUUGGGCUAGGCACUUGGAGAUCCAAGCCUAAUGAAGUUCGGGAUGCAGUUGCGCAUGCCUUGAAACAUGGUUAUCGACAUCUUGAUUUGGCAAAGAUCUACCAAAACCAGGAUGAGGUAGCUGCAGGUAUCAAAUUAUCAGGUAUUCCGAGGAGCGAAAUCUUCAUCACUGGAAAGCUAUGGAACACAUACCACAAACCUGACAUGGUUCUUCAGGGUCUCGAGGACACCUUACGUGAACUUGAGACCGAUUAUUUGGAUCUUUUUUUGAUUCAUUGGCCGCUUGCUUUUGAGCCCGUGGUCAAAUCUGAUGGCACACUCGAUAUGUCAGUCUUGAAGCCAAUGGUGGAUGACACCAUAUGUGUUGACCUCAAAACCUCUUUGGCCGACACAUGGAGAGCCAUGAUCCAAUUGAAGGAGACAGGAAAAGUCCGUGCCGUCGGAGUCAGUAAUUGUACCCAGCAACAUCUCGAAGCCUUGAUUGCAGCAACUGGCGUCAAACCCAGCGUCAAUCAGAUCGAACGUCACCCUCUUCUUCCACAAACUGAGCUCCUGAAGUACUGUGCCGACAACGGCAUUCACGUCACGGCUUAUUCGCCACUAGGCAACAACAUCUUGGGCGAGCGCAAGAUCGUCGAUUACCCUGAAGUCAAGGAGAUCGCUGAUCGUCUUUCAGCCGAUCCUGCUCAAGUUUUGAUUGCUUGGGCCAAACGUGGUGGUGUUUCCCUUGUUCCAAAAUCCGUCACACCAUCCAGGAUUGAAUCGAACUUCAAGGAGAUUGAAAUCUCUGACGCAGAUUACGAGGCCAUCAGUGACAUUGGCAAGGGGAAAGAAGUCCGAUACAAUGUACCUGUGACAUAUGCAUCAUCAUGGUUGGUAAACGUAUUCGAGACCGAAAUCGAACAAUCUGCUCCCUACAAGGUGAACGUUGCCUAA